GAACAUAUUUGAUUUCGCCGUCGUCGUCGUGUCUGUGGUUGAGUGUGCCUUGGACCUGUGGGCACAGAGCCUGGAUGCGAACUCCGGGCAAGUGCGCAUUCUGCGGACCGUGCGGCUCAUACGCGCCCUUCGAGGGAUGAGGCUGGUCCGGCUCUUUCGCUAUGUGGUUGCUCUGCGAACGCUCCUGCUGUCCAUCAUCGCCACCACGGGCUCUCUCUUUUGGACACUCCUGCUUCUCAUUACGCUUUGCUACUCCUUCGGCAUGGCUAUUGCGCAGUUCGUGAUGGACCACUGUCGAUUUGAGGCCAUCGACCGAACCCAUGACCCGAACGCGAUACCCGACUGUCCGGCGAAUCUGAGGAAGUUCUGGUCCAGUGUUCCGGACAGCAUGCUCACGCUGUUCCUUGCCAUUUCUGGUGGGAUCAGCUGGGACGAAGCCUUCCGACCACUGCGAGAGUUCUCCCCGCUGGGGACAGCUUUGCUACUGGGGCUUGUGGAGGUUAGCUUGGCCUCCUUGUCCUUGUUGUCAGCACGGCCAGACUUGCUUGGUGAAUGUCUGCCGGGGUUGGAUGUUCAAGCUUUGACAGUUCUGGCUUCAAGGAUCGAGAGGGGCUUCGGGGAACAUUCGUUGUACCAGUUUCCACUUCUCUGCCCUUCGAAGCUGGAAGCCAUCCUUGCCAGCCAGGGAGCACCUCUGCCGUUACCAACAGCGGUUGUGGGAGGCUACCCCUGUUAUGCUUCUGAUGGUUCCUCCUUUUCCUUCCAGGAAAAUGACAUGGGCGGCUACAAUCCUUGUUUGCUCUUUGACGUGGGUAUACCCACAUUAGACGAGCCCUUUGGUGCUCGCUUUCAUGCUGACGUUGGCUUACCAACCUCAGCGAACCUUCGGCGACUCACCAGAGUCAAGCUCAGAGCUCAAGGUUUUAAGCCUUUUCCGGAGUUGCCUCCCCGAAAGUGUGAAGAGCCGGUCAUGCCACCCGCGGUGCAGACGACUGUAGCUCCUUUGCUCCUGCCUCAGAAGUUGGGGGGGGGCCUCAAUGUGAGCUGCGACCAGAACCCAGCAGCGAGAGCUCCCUGGAAAGCCGUGCGCAUGGUGCUCUUGGCUCUUACACUGUGCCUUAGCUUGCAUGGGCGCAUCUUGGCCUGUCAGCUUCAAGAAUGGGACCCCUGCAAUGGGGUAAGUGUAGGUGAAGCUGCGCAUCCAGGCCCUGGUGGCCGUGACUCUGCGCACCGCAAGAAGCAGGAGAAAGUCAUCCUGUCAGGGCUGCAGGCCGGAGUCCGCUACCUCGUGAGCCUCGUCCCCGUUCCCCUGCCGCUAGGACCCCUUCCCGUAGUGUUCCUCCUCCGGCCGUUAGGCUGCCCCUUGAACGACGUUGGGUCAAACUCCAGCACGGCAACUGGAAGCAAGCGUUUGUUGUUCCCCUUGCUACAAAAACUGCCAGAGUGGGGAGCCCAACCACACGUCUCGGAUUGCUCUGCGAGCAAGCCCGAUCCGGAAAACCUUGUCACGAUCUACGGCACGUUGGCUACGGAGUUCAUGUCUGAGGCGGACGGGGCCCUUGCCCUGCGCAAGCCACCAGACAGUAGCCUGCCGGCUGACUCUACGUCUGAGGUGCCAGCUACCGUGCUUGACUCUGGUACCACUCACGAAGACGCGCUGAUGAACGGUGACUCGCAAGUGAACCAAGGUCAGAAGCGCACGCCAGACUCUCCGCACAAGGACCAGGCCUCACCACUACUGGACCCGACGGACGGCGUCCAUGCGCCUUCCGAUGCAUCGGGGGCAUUCAAGCUGUUAGAAACAGUUGCUCUUGCUUUGGCCUGCGCUAGGGUCAUCAAUUCCGAAGUCAUGGUCUGGAAGUAUGUAGGAGGCAACUGGAUUUUCCUCGAGCAUCUUGCCCCUCCUAGUGCCAAACGAUCCAAGCUUCCUGUGUACUUGUUCCUCAAGCACGGUCACUUCACGACGUUGCUUCCGGGUGUUCAGGCUCCUAAGAAAUGGGAGGCCCUUAAAGGAGGAGAGGAGAAGGUCUCCUACAUGGGUGGUGCUGCCGAUGACGACAUGGAUGCCUGUUCUGAUGUCUCCAACUGGCUUAAGCCAUCCUGUGAGGCGACCAAUGAUGCUGAACAGAUAGACGACUCUGGGUCAGAAGUGUCUCGGUGGCUGAGGCCGCCCAGUAUGAACACUGAGGCCAAACCUCUUCGUGCUGAGGAGCCUCAACCACAGGACGGCGAGGUGUCUCUAGCCUCAGGCUUUGCCGGCGGUGGUCCAAGCCAGCCCUCCUCGACAGUUCGGUCGGUGUUCAGUAAGAACUGUGCCAAUCGCCUCGCUCUUGAAGACAUUGCUAACCUCGAGGACUUCGAGGAGAGUGCGGCGUCUGCGGAACUGCCGCCUGCCCAGUCAGGCUUCCAGUGCCCGUUGUGCAAGAUGCGCAUCCCAUGCCUCGCUUCACAGGAGCGCUUGCGCACGAAUCCUCACUCCAGGCUGUCGAAGGGCCCAUGCGUCACAUUGACAGAGAAUGCUUCAUGUUUGAGCCUCACACUGACCGCUCUAGAGGGUGGGCUCGGAAACGAUUCCUUGAAGGCGGCUGCUCCUUCGCGUACGUACAGUGACCGCACUUUUGCUUACCUUAAAAGGUCUAAGCGGGCCUACACCGCAAAGCUUGACUCUCAGAUGCAACUCAGGCUGGUGGAGCUGUCCGCUCUCUCAGGUCCUUUCUUUUCGAAACACGUAUGCAACCGGAUGAGUGGAGUGCUUUCCAACGUCAUGCUCACAAGCUUGGGUUUAGAGAAAGAGGGAGCUCGUUUCGCUGCCGCUAAACGUGUGAUCGCCGUUUUGGGUAAUCUCGGGUUGCCUUUUGAGCGUUUUCACUCCGUUGCUCGUAAUUUCGGGGUUGCCAAGGUUGCUUAUGGGUGGCUUUGCAACUUGCCGAACAAGUCUGAUGCUUGGUCCCUGUGGACCGCCAUGCGUUCGGGUCAGAAAUGCUUACGGAGGGCUAAUCGGCAUAUCCGGGCUAUCCUCCUCGGUGGCAAUAGCCAUCUUGAUAUAGUGUCUGCUGGGUCUUUGCUUCGCACCUUGGCCGGCAUUCGUGCCAGGGGCCUGGUUGAGUGGCACAACAGGGCGGGCUCGCCGCUCAGGGCUUUCCGCAAGUGGAUGGCGGAGCAGGGGUGGGCUGAGACGGGCCCUUGGGCUUGGCGGGGUUACACUCCUGAAUGCGAUGUUGAUCUCAGUUCUGGUGCUGCAGUUCCUUUGCUCCUUCACGCCUUCAGGCAGGGGUGGAGGGCAGGACAGUGGAAGGCCUUCCUCACUAGAGGGCAGAGACAUGAAGUCCGGGAACUCAGUGAUGUGUCUCCGGCUCAGAUCCUCCAGUUUGACUUUGCUAAGACUCGCAGGUUCUCCCAGGGUAACCGUGGAUAUCGUACGGUGGCCUCUCUGGCUACGGCUACUCCGGCCUGCUUCCAAAACAGCAGAGAUGACACGCCCACCCUCUGUCCCUGGGGUGUGGGGCUCUUGGUCAUUGGCACCAUGUUGCUUGGCUCUGCCAAAACCGUCCUUCCCAGAGAUGUCUUCCCCCCAACACUUCGGUCGGGUCGUGCAGUGCGCCAUCUGGCACCAACGCCACGGCCGUCCGCCGGAGGAUUAGGUUCUCAGCUGUCCUGUGCAGCUAAGGACCACGACAUGGUCACGGUGAUACCUCCUGAGAGAGUUGGGCGAGGGUGCCGAGGCUCCCUUACCUACUGUAGGCCGUUGGCAGAUCUUUGCGUGAGCUCGACAAGCUUCUGUGUCUCCAUGAGGAAAACCGAGCCAAGGCCAAGCCUCGGGCCGGCAGCUCCGGCAGUGACACCCGGUGCUGAGCCCGGAGGGCUUCCAGAGUGGGUGAGGCUCCAUUCCCGGGUCCAGGCCUGCGCAGCGGCAAGCAACAGAGCUGAGUUGAUCGGUGUCUUCGUCGAAGGCUGGUUGGUUGUCAACCUGUAUGCCCAUCCCCACGAUGGACCGGUGGAGGCGGCACAGCUUUGCCAUGACGCCUUCAUUGAGUGUCGUCUUCAACGGUCCCAUCCGUGGAUUGUUAGCGGGGAUUUUAACUCGUUGCCUAAUGACAGUGAGAUCUCCACACUUUGCGCCUCUUUUGGCGGCACGUACACCGGCCUUGGUCGGCCCACGCGUUGGGAUGGCAGUCGAGAAGUUGACUGGUCGUGUACCAACUACCCCGCCCAAGUGGCGCCGGUAGUGGCUUCUAAUUUGUGGAUCAGCGAUCACAUGCAGUUAAGUACCGCCCUUGAGGAGUGGCGAAGGCUGCUUAAGCACACUUGGGAGUCUUUCCAGCAGGGCAAAAGCUCUCGAAGCUCAGAGAUUUUCGUGGAGGCCCUUCGUCGGGUGCAGGGCGCAGAGGUACCGCGCCGCGGGGCACUGCAGGAGCAUGGAUCCCUGGCAGAACGCAAGGAGCGCAAUCGGCUGGCUCGUCUCUACGACUUCCUUAGUCUCCAGGUCUCCAAUGCUAUCGCCUCUCUCAAGGCAGAUCUUCACAGGGUCACGCAGGACACUGCUGAGCUCAGUAAGUGGCUCAAAAGUAAGACUGCUGAGCACGCCCACUGUGUCGAGGACGAGCAGGGAGAGGACUUCUGGUCCUCCCUCCGGGCUAAUGGGCCCCCUCUCGCGGAACGAGUGCAGGCCGUCGCUCGCUUGAUGAAGGGGGCGGUAGGUUACGGCGGGCAGGGUUCGCGUGCAGGACACCCGCCCGAUCACCAUUCAGACUGUGUGGUGGCAGACGUCGCAGCCAUUACUGGUGAAGACGUGUACGAGACGCUCAACUCGAUUUUUCACGAGUACAGUUCCCGGGGUUUCCUUCUCACUCUGGACUACACCAAGGCGUUCGGCCAUCGUGACGAGUGCUGCACUAAGGUGUACCUCGACGAUCGCACCAUGGCUUGCUCCACGGCCAGUGGGCUUUACGACGCAUGGCUGCGCUGGCGUAAUUGGUCCUCGGCCGCGGGGUUGCUGGAACACUUUGGCAAGGCCUGGGCCGUUUCUAAAGGAGCGGCCAGACAGAGGCAGCUCCUCGCCGAGUUCCGUGCUGACAGGGUUUCCUCGUACUGCAAGGUGCUCGGGGCCUGUUCUUACGGCACGCCGCGCAGGACGUUUUUGGGUGCGGCUCGCAUCUUUUGCUUAAGCAAAGCAAACUUCGGUUGGGUUGGCCGUGCCCCCACGUGGUACGCGAGCCCCUGGGUUCGGGCCCUCCUUUACGGAGGAAACCUUCACUUGGACGUCUGUCUCGACGUGCGCCGGCGUGGGCCCUUGACGAGUGGCUCAUUGGUCGCUGCUGUGGGCAAGGCGCAACAUGCGGUGCGUGAGGCUUGGCGGGCGUGGAUCGCCCUCAAGUGGGAGGCUAGCGAGCGACAUGAGCUGCGCAACCUUGAUGUCGGAUGGCAUCGACGCCGUCUCGUGCAGUGGGACGACGCCCGUAAGUGGGCUGACAGCUGCGCUGAGGCAGCCACGGUAUCGCUGGGUGCCACUUUUUCCCCGGCUCAUUGGGCCGUGAUUAACGAACGUUCGGCUGGUCGUGCAGAGGUGAUGACCGAGCUACUGUUCAGGAUACGCGUGAAUGGCUUGUCACUGUUCAGCGCGAGCUCUGGCAGGGCCCUGGCCCUACCGCAGACGCUGCAGGGCGAGCGCUCUCCCUGCGACGCCUUUCUGAGGACAGGCAGUGGUGGUGGCUCUGGCGUUCUCUGGCUGCUACCCUCUGCGCUUCUGGUGGGAGCUGACAGCCUGCCUGAACUCCAAGCCAUGGCUGAUGCGCAUGACUUGCCACCUGCCAAUGCUCCCCUGGCAUUGAUUGUUUGGGAUUUCGAUCCUGCCAAGCAGUCUGCGCCCUCCAAAGCGGCAUUCAAGUGGUUCUUGACGGACCGCGGGGCGUUGCAGCUGCCUGUUGUGCCCUUGGGUGACAAGUUGCCAGACCUCCCCCCAGAGCCUAAGGUCAAAAAGGUUGAGGCGCCUGCUGAUACCGAGCACGUUGCCGUGCGAAUUACUGUUCGCCAGGAGUUUGUUGCAAGCAACUGGGCUGCCAUAAAGCGCAACCCGGUCCAAGCCCUCAUGUCCAUUCUCCCCGUGGGCAUAGAGGUGCGCGCCUACGGCUGGCGCGAGGCGGCCGUGGAUGGUCGCACUCAGCUUGUGGGCUACGCCAAGGUCUGCCCUGACAAGGUUGCUUCGGUGUUAGCCGUCAGUGGCAAGAAAGGCCUCUUUCUUGAACCUCUUCAAUGCAACCUUGCGCAAGUUAAGGCACCUGUCCAGUGGAUCCCCAAGCUGUCUACUGAAGACAUGGAACAGUAUUUCGCUCGUGUUUUCACUCAGGCCCAGGCUUCCAAGCUUCCCCUCGCCUGCAGGCGCGGUGGAGGAGCGUGCUUAGGUUUGCGUGGUGGCUCAGUCACUGUGACUGGGGCCCUGAAAUGGACCGUCGCGGGAGUUCCUUCUCACUGGGGUCCGGGCACGUUCCAGCAAUGGCUCGAGAAACAAGGCUGGGCCGACUUCAAGCAUGUUACCGCUCCUAAGCACACCAGGGGCAAAUGGACGUGCGUCGCCAAGCCUUCGGAGACGGGAGAGGGCCCCUUUGCCUACCAGGUUGGUGAGCAAGUCAUCACCAUUACCAAAUGGACGCGCACCAAGCCGGUUGCCAGUGAAGUUUGGCAUGCUCACGGCUCAAAAUGGUUCACUGUUGAUGGCAAGGAGGAGGAAACUGAGGUUCGUGAGGCCCAGAACGGACCUAGAGGUACCACGAUCUGGAACCUUGGGGGGCAUGGCGACUGUGGCUACAGGGCCAUCGCUGCUGCUUGUGCUGCCCGCUCGGGCAAAUCCGUCGAUGAGAUUCAAGCCAACAUUGAAAACCUCACCAAAUCGAUCAAAGCUCGCUGUAUUGCUUGGUUAAAGCAGCAUCGUGAAUGGGAGGACAACUGGGCUGCUGAUCCCACCACAGAUGCUGAAAUGGAAGAUGGUGAGCCGCCCAAGACUGCUGCCGAGUAUCUCUCAGCCGUAGGGCGUGCAACCAGGUGGAUCGAUGGCCUUGCUGCUCAAGCCAUUGCUAGCUGCCUGCAGACAGACUUGCUUAUUUUCGAGAAGCAGAACGGCAAAUGGAAAAUGUGCUGCCGUAUUCAAGCUGAGGAUCACAUUUUGCGGGACCCGCUGGUCCUGUGCCUGGCUGAUAAGCACUAUACUACCAUUUUGCAUGACAAGUCGCUUAUGCCGAAGGUCACUAUUGAGGGCCGCUACAGCUCCGUGAUUUCGAGCAACAGAUUUCACUUCAGGACAAGACACCCCGACAAGCCUAUGUCUCUUGUGCAGCAGGCACCGUUGCAGCUCGUUACUGCGUCUCCGCAGUUCCCGCCUGAGGAUGGCGGCUGGAAGUGCCGUUUGUGUGAUGCUCGACUGCCUCAGCAGCACAAGCAAGAUCGGAAAAGGUCUAUCAAGGAUCAUAUCGAGAAGCAUCACCCCGAUGAAACUCCGGCCACCCUGUAUUAUCGUAGUUUGCGCGGCCGGUCCAAGGCGCACACCAAGGUAGCUGAGGCUGCCCGAAAGAUUCACAGGCGCAACAUCAAGAAGAAGCAUCCUACUCACGGUGUUGUGGCUGUCAUGCCGCAUGAAAAGAUCGAACCCGGGAUGCUUCGUGGAUGCCUGUUUUACUGCAAGAAGUGCCUGACAGCAUUGCCGAAAGGUAAAGGUGCCCCUGACAUGCUCAAGUGCGCUCAGAAGCGUAAGUACAUUGCCACUAAUCUGAAGGCUGCCGCCAAGCGCAGAACUUGGUGGAUGCGUAUCCAGAAGGAAGAGCCCCGCUUUGCUGCUUCAUUCUCUGAGGCAGUGGGCAAGUCCUUUCGUGAACUUGAUGAUCUGUUCAGGGUGAACGUUGUCACUGAGUCUGCCCGAAGGCUUCGUGAGAUGCAAAAACUUGAAAGGUUGGGUAAGCAGCUCACGGGUGAAUAUCUUAAUUUGCAGGCUAAGAUUCGUCAGUCGAUUGAUGCCUGGAAGGAGUCUUUGCGCUCCUCUCAGGGGCGUGACAGCCUCUUGGGCGCCUUGUUCGGCAAACGUGCUUGCUGCUCAGGUGGAAUGGUUGGGCAGAUGCUCUAUCACGCAUGCUUGCCAGACUUGAGUGGAUUAAGAUGCUGCGCCACAACUUGCGUGAAAGCUGGCGCCAUUGUCAUUAUCAUGGUUGGCUGGACAGUGGUAGGAGCUUUCGUUUCUCCUGCUGUCUAUGGUAUCAUGAAAGGCCAGCGGCUCAGUCAUGUGAUGAUUGCGCCACUUGUGGUAGCGACCUCGGCGCGGACCUUAAAGCUCACGAUGGCCAGGGUGGGCGAGGCCACAAAUCCUGGCCCCAGGGCCGGAGGUUCAGGGCGCACGGUUAGGAUGAGAAAUGAAAGAGCUCAUGAUGCUCCUGAGCUCUCCGUUGAGACGAUGCAACAAAUCGCUAACAUGGUCAUCCAAGCCCUUCAGGGUCAGCUUGGAGGUCUGCAUGCGGCUCACCCGGCAAACCCACCCGAGGAUGAGGACUUUCAUCCGCGCUACUCCUCUCCUGAGGUCGAAGAUGCUGGGUGGCACGAGGCUCAUUCUUCUCAUGAGGUUGGUUGGGUUAAUUAUGAUUCUUGGUAUUCUGCCCUUGAUUGCGAGUGGGAUGCUUCGGCUUAUGAUCCCGAUACGGGUUGGUGGGACCCCGCUGCUUGGGAGCAGUGGAAAUACUGGAAAAAGCAGCGCCGCAAAAAGUGGCAUGCACAAUCUUCGGACGAAGGGGUUAACGAGCUUGAACAGAGUGAUUGGCCCUUUUUGCAGUCCACUACACCUGUGAGCCCCGAAGGCCCCAAGGUUAAGUUCGCUGCUAAAAUCGUGCCCGCUGAGUGGAAUUGCGAUCCUCGCCUCACCACUCCUAAUCAGAUCCAGCAUGCUUUGGAGGUGCUCCAAAACCUCAUCGCGGCUUUCGAUGUUCAUGACGCCGUUACGCUCGCUGAGGACCAGGGAAAGCCGCUGGCCAUCAGGCAGCAUGGUUUAAGUGAUCUGGGUAUUGUUGGUGGUGAGGAUUGCUUUUGGUGUUACUCUGAUGUCGAUUGCUGCGUCACGGUCGCCCCCGAGGACUCCCCAGCUACUCAUGAGGAAUGCUGGCUCGAUACCCCGAUUGAUGUUGAUGAUGAUGAUGCUGGUGAUGCUCUUACGGCCACGUGGCCCGAAAGUGACAAUGAGGACGAGGAUGGCUCUUUGCUUGAAUCCGCUCCAGGUUGGUGCAUCAAGGAUGCCGGGGGCACCGGCGAUUGCGGAUUCCGUGCCAUUGCUGCGGGACUCGCGGCGAACCAGAACAAAACUCUUACUCCCGAACAGUUGAUUCGGGAGGCUAGCACGCUGAGGUUGUACACAGUGAGCCAUCUCACCAAGCAUAAGGACGACAAGGAUGGAGGUGCCGAGGCCUGGGCCCCAGAUCCGCAAGACACGUCCUUGGAGUGGGGGGGCGAGGAGCCUCCCAACACAUAUGCGGAAUACCUUAAAAAGUGCGCUCGUCGCGAUGCUUGGAUCGACGGGUACAUGCUUCGCGCAUUGAGUCAAAGGCUCGGUAUCCCCAUCAUUGUUUGGUUCCUCUCCUCCAACGGGGUCUGGCUUAGGUUCGGACACCUGACGCCUGGUACCAAGAAACGCCCCAAAGGCCCCCGAGUACCUUCAAAGGAGCUGGGUCCGACUGCGGUCUGCUUCUGCUGCGGAAAGAAGGCUUCCUUGUGGCUCCAUAGGUCUUCAGCUGGAUCUCUCCGGCUCUGCUUGAGUGCUGCCUUCUCUCGAGGUAAGGUUUCUGAGGAGCGGGACAAAAGUGUCCAGAACAGCAAAGCGCUUCAGGCCCUCCAGCGUGGUGUGCUGCUCGAACUAAGGCUGGCUUCGGUCUCUCUCAAGCUUCUCGGCUUGGCUCGGUUGGAAGCGGGGAACCUGAUGUCGGCGCUGCUGAAGCUGCCGAGGAUGGCGGGUGCUCCUAAGCAGGGCACCUCCAAGGCUUUGUCUGUUGACACGGUUGAGAGGCGUGAGAGGGGCGAGCGAGGCUCACGAGCUUCUGACGUGUCAAGAGAAGCAGAGCCUCUUCACGCGGCGAACUUCCUCAAAGCUGUUAAUCGCUCUAAGCAAUACCUCGAUGGCUUCUUCAAGGGCGCGCCUGGUGCAUGGCGAGUGGCUAACCACGUCCUUGCUCAGGAGCAGCCGGACGUCGUCUUCCUUCAGGGUGGCGGCGUCCUUACGCUUGUGAACAAGGCCUUUCCUCAGAGACCUGCGGUCUGCAAGGCGCUUGACAGCGCGCAGAUGGUAGGAGUCUUUGUGUCGGGGCCCUCCAGCCAUCACAUCCGUGGCUGCUGGGAGGGGAUUUCAAUGAAGUUCCGACUGAUUCUGCUGUUGCUGACCUGCUCCACAGUUCGGUUUGCUUCUUGGCACCUAAGCGACCACAAGGGCCUCGUCGUUGACUUUGGUACGCCGCGCCCUGCUACCAAGGAGUGUGGCGUUGCUGCGCCGUUUAAGAAGAGACUUGCUGCUAAAGGGGCUGUUGCCACUGCCGAUGACACUGCGGGUGCACAGACAUUACGCAACCUCCAAUCCUUGAAGCAACGUUGUGGUGACCUCUCUUUGGCUGAGGAGCAGCAAGAAAAGAACCGCCGCUUGAGCGAAUGGAGGCAUCGGGUCCAGAGUGAUGUCGGUGAGCUUGGACGGCACACCGAGACUGUCUGUGAAGCUGCUGAUGCCAUCGCCUCCUUUUGGCGCGACUUUUGGCGUGACUUGCAUAGUCAGCGUCCUAGCUUCGAAGAGCGGUGUGCGGCUGUUCUUGAAGGCGUCGACAGGCUAAGGGAGCUGGUGGCCCUGACGGGUGGCAUAGUUCUGAGAUUAUGCACCCACCGGCUGGACAUCUGCGUGACCUUGGCUGAAGUGAUGCAUCAGUUCGCCACUAAGAAGCACAUCCUCACGCUUGACUUCACGAAAGCUUUUGACACGCUUGAUGCUGAUGUGUCGAUCCGGCCUCAGGUUCUCCAUGGUUGCGGCCAACCCCAGGGAGAUCCGCUCGGCCCGCUUAUGAUGUCCUUGUGGGUCCAAGCCGGCCUCCAAGUCGUCAAAAGGCGCUUGGCGAGUGUUUGGGACUUUUGGUUGCAGUGGAGUCACAGUGCCGGCUCGGUUGAGAACACUUUGAAGUCUUGGGUCGUCCAGGCCCUUGGCGCCAGCACUUACACUACUCCUCGCGCUCUGACGGGGCAGGCCAACUUCGGGUGGGUUGCUCGUGCUCCCACGUUGCAGCUCUCUAAGCUGGUUGGUGCGUUGGCUAAGCGCUCCGUUGGAAACUCCUUGCGCCUUGGCGGUGGCAGCAUGAGUGUGCUGGUGUCCGCGUUGGCUGGCGGGCUUGGUGCGCGUCGCGGUGGCUUGACUAUGGUCGCCAUGAGGUGCGUGGUCUCUCUCUUCGUGACUUUCCUCACGUUGAUUGGGAGGCCCCCUCGGCCUCUUUGCCCGUAUGUCGCGCGCUUCGGUUGGAAGGACGCUCUGGCUUCCUCUGUUCAGCUAACGACGUGGUGCGCUGUCGCCAUCCGCAGCAGGGACUGCACUGUGGGGUACCUUCAGGGCUCAGUGUCCUGGGCCAAACCGGCUGGCCUCGACACAGAUGCCUGGCGACAAGGACUGGCUGACGCAUGGGCGCAGGACCCACGUGUGGCUCAGUUUGAAGCAGCGCUCCAGCUCCGCACUCUCAGCGUUCAGACUGCUUGGGACACGUACAUGACUCUUUUACAUGAUACGAAGCUCGCUCGCACCUACGAGCUCAAACGCUGGUGUGAACUCCCGAAUCCCCAACGCCGUACCCGUGAAAGUGAAGCCUAUGCCUUGUGUAGAAAGCUUGAUUUUCGUGCUGGCCCCUGGAGUCAUGAAGCGUUGCCUUGGGCCCGCGCGCAGAUUCCCGUGCUGACAAAAGAACUCCGAACGCUUGAGUCCAAUCAGCGUCGGGAAGCUCUUCGGGCUUGGAGAAACUAUAUCCUGCAUGAGCCCUCGGGAAUGGGCACCUGGCUUAAGCAACGCGAACUUGUGCCAGUCAAUGAAGUCACAGGCUUGGGUCGCUCGGCUCACCACCCUAAAGAGGUCGUUGCCCUGGUCACUGAGUACUGGGAGGAGUUUUGGGCUUCGGCUCACGACAGGGGCCCAGAUGCGGAUUCCGUCUGUGCUGCUUUGGAACGCAAUGCUCUCAGGGAUACGGCAAGAAUCCAGUGGGAGCCUCCCACUCUUCAACUUCUUGAGACGAUAGUCCGCAAGGCUAAAGGGGCUGCUGGCCCGGACGGCUGGGCGGGCAAGGAGCUCAGACACCUCCCGUUGGAGGCCCUCCGCUUGUUCCGUGAACAGGCCUUGCUCUGGGAGAGACUGUGGGCCAGCGCUUGGAUCCAAACUCCCAGCCUCCAAGCCUGGUUGCGUGCCAACUUGCCCAAAGAAGUCGCUUACGGUAAGAAAGCUGACGCUUUGCAGUCGGCAGCUGUGUUCUUUGAGCACAUGGCCAAGGACGGCUAUGGGGGGUCCCUUGACUUCACGAAAUGUUAUGACCUCAUGAGACCUGAGGGCACGCUUCGGCUCAUGACGGCUGCGAGUUUCCCUCAGGGGCUUGUGGGCCUGUGUCGAGCAGUGUGGGGGUCGCAGACUAGGUGGGUCUGCUGGGACAACUGCUGCCAUGGUCGGCCUCUUUUCGCCGGCCACGCGACGGCUCAGGGCUGUCCGUUUGGUCCCCUUAGUCUUGCACUUUGGAUGGCCUCGGGCUUAAAAGCCACCAACCAGCUUUCUACUGGGGCUGCUGGUUUGGGACACACGUGUGUUUACAUGGAUGACAGAUCCAUGACUGCUCGCAGCGCUAGGGCCCUAGUCGUCAAGCUCACGGACUGGCAGUGCUGGUCUCAGACUGUGGGGCUCCAAGAAAGUCGGCCCAAGACUCAGCUCACGGCCACCACUGCCGCUCGCCGCCGGGCCCUUAUGGUAGCUUUUUCGGACCCUGAAAAGGUCACUGAUCAGCUCGAAGUUCUUGGGGUCACGGCUAGAGUCUCUAACCGGGCUAAGUCUGCCAAGGAGGAAGCUCGUUUCGCUGCUGCUAAACGCGUGAUCGCCGUUUUGGGUAAUCUUGGGUUGCCUUUUGAGCGUUUUCACUCCGUUGCUCGUAAUUUCGGGGUUGCCAAGGUUGCUUACGGGUGGCUUUGCAACUUGCCGAACAAGUCUGAUGCAUGGUCCCUGUGGACUGCCAUGCGUUCGGGUCAGAAAUGCUUACGGAGGGCUAAUAGGCAUGUCCGUGCUAUCCUUCUCGGUGGCAACAGUCAUCUUGAUAUAGUGUCUGCUGGGUCUUUGCUUCGCGCCUUGGCCGGCAUUCGUGACAGAGGCUUGGUUGAGUGGCACAACAGAGCGGGCUCGCCGCUCAAAGCUUUCCGCAAGUGGAUGGCGGAGCAAGGCAGGGAUGGAGGGCGGGGCAGUGGAAGGCCUUCCUCACCAGAGGGCAGAGACAUGAAGUCCAGGUUCUCCCAGGAUAACCGUGGUUAUCGUACGGUGGAUGCUCGUAGCUUGGUGGCUUGGUUGGAGGUCGUGCAGUGCGCCAUCUGGCGUCAACGUUCUCAGCUGUCCCGCGCAGCUAAGGGCGUCCUCACUUCAAAACUUCUUCUUCUUCUUGCUGUACAUCUUCAAUGGGUGAGUACUUUGUAUCAUUCUGACGCCUUCCAAACCUGGAUGCGGUCGGUGUUGAUGCCUGAGAUCGCUGCGAUUAACGGCGAGGAUCUGUAUGUCACUUUGCUCAGGAUUUUCGAGCAGCUGGCUGAGCAGGGUAUGGUUUUAGCUUUGGACUUCACGAAAGCUUUUGAUGCUUUGGAUGCCCGGGUUACCAUUGAAAUGCUUCGGAAGUUGAAGUGGCCCCCUGAUCUUUUGCGCGUUUUCAGUAGCGUUUGGAUGCAGUUGGCUAGGUACAUCCAAUUUCAACACCACUGUCAUCCGGAGCCUCUUGUGGCUGGAGUACAACCGCAGGGGGACCCGCUUGGACCAUUGAUCAUGGCCUUGUGGGCCCAAGCAGGACUCCUCUCGGUGCGGGGCCUGACGCAGGCCCAGUCUGCGCAGACUACUGUCUACGUAGAUGACAGGACCAUCGUCGCUCGCGAGGCAAGGGUGCUGUCUCUGCAGGAGCAGAGCUGGGCCCAGUGGUCGGCUUCUGUUGGCCUGCUUGAGCAUCCGGCUAAGACUGAUGCUACUGCCAUUACUGCGGCCCUCACCCGCAGUUUGGCGGAAACUUUUCGGCCUGAUGCGGUCCGUAAGCAUGUCAAGUUGCUGGGCGCUUGUAGUUACUUUGGGCCGCGGACCCACACUGAGGCGGAAGCUAAGUUUCUGAGGGAAGCUAAGACCUUCGCUCUUUCCAAGGCUAACUUUGGAUGGAUAUCUAGAGAGCCUGUCUUGUGGACUCUCAUGCGCGGCACGGCCCCAGCUGCUUUGAAUGCGUGGCUCAUCGCUCGGGGCUGGCUUCUGGCUGGACCGUGGCGUUGGAGCCAUCCGUUUGCUGGGCUCCGCUUGGACCUUACUGCUGGCCGGGGCCCCAUGACGCAGAAGGCGCUCAAAGACAGGACUUUUGACUUGUGGCAGGCUGGAGGCCAGGGCCUGCGCAACCUUAACUGGCCAGACCUCCGCCGGCUCCGAGAG